AUGCACUGGAUUAGAAGUUCUCAAGACACAGCUUCAAGAGGGGUGAGUUUCCUGCUCCUGGAUCUACUCUCACUGACAAUAUGUGGUUGUUUUAAAGCUGCUCCAAGUUCAGUGUCUUUAAAAUAUUAGAAACUUUUAGACAGUCCCCAUAUUGGGUGACCUGUCCCCAGCUAAACCUGUCCUGGGAAAUGUCCCGAUUUAAGCGUUUCAUGAAUGAGAACAAAAAUGUUACAUGUAGACAAAAACAACUGUUAUUAUAGUAGCUGAGUAGGUAGGAAGCACAAGUAAGCAUGUUUUGCACAGUCCUAAACAACAGUUUUCACGGGGGUUAUUACGGCGGCGUGCGCUGCUACUUAGUAGUACUGAGAUGUUGUCUGUGAUCACUCAGCCCAUGAUAAUAAAUAAUACAUUACAAAAGCUUUCACUGUUACUCUUUACUCUUGAUGCACUGCGCUGUGAUCUUGGAUUAUGACUUUGUUGUCAAGUCAGAGUCGGUGAGGAUUAUCUGACUUUCCAGAUGAAUUUCUGACUCUGAGCUCAGAAAUCCUGACUUUCAAGUACAACUGGAACGUACCAUUAUACUUGAGCUCAUACAGUGUGCUUCAUUAACAUACUGUAUGAGCCCAAGAAUAAAUCCCAUGAUGCAACAUUUAUUUGGUGUCAUCCAAACACAUCUUUAUCACUUAAAAUGUUUUAUUUUUUUAAUGUGUGAAGGAAUAAGACAGUGGCUGCCUCUAGUCUGCAGACAUAGACUCUAAAACCAGGAUCAUUUCAUAAACUGUAGUUCAACCAUUGUUUCUGUCAUCGAAGUGUAAACAUGAUGCAGAGCCUGGAGACCUGAUUGAGAUUUUCCGAGUGGGGUAUCAGCACUGGGGUGUCUACAUUGGUAACAAUGUGAUUGUCCACAUGAUUUGUGAGGAUCCUGACGGUGAGUUAAGCGCUUUAUUUUGCUGAACCAUCUUAAACUUUCUCUGCGACCUUUGUCUGUCUCUCAUAUAAGCUGACUUUUGGAGACAUGACCUUUACUUUGACUUGAUAAGCCUGUAACAUGUGAGUAAUAUAAAUGUUAAAUGACAGUACAGACAUGGACUUGAUCAAUGUUAGUCUUGACUUUACCUGAACUUUUCUUGUUGUCUUCUUUUCUUUUCUUUUAUCUAACUUCCUUUAUACCUGUCUAACUUUAUCAAUCACACAAAUAUAGGAGACGAUAAGAUGGCUCGUAAAAAAGCCUUGAUGGAUGGCAAGGCAAAGGUGUUAUGUGAAAGUUUCUGGGAUGUGAUUGGCAACAGUGAUUUCGAGGUCAACAACCAAUUGGAUGACGAGUACGAGAGCCGCAAACCUGAAACCAUUGUCAGGAAUGCCCUUGAUAUGGUUGGUAAAGUGUUCCGAUACUCUUUAACCGGCUUUAACUGUGAGCACUUUGCCACAAAACUACGAUACGGCGUGGCUGUGUCAAGACAGGUCAGUAUUCCCUGGCUAUUUUUCCUUUGAUUAUCUUGAACAACACAGUGUUUUUGUUCUCUUUGUUGUUGUUUUUGCUUAUUUUAUUUUACUUCCAAGACUUUUCCUACCGAGCUGUGCUGUUUUAAUACCUGGAGAAUAUGAUUUAGCGUUGUCUUAAUGUAUAAUGAAAGUUCUUAAGCCUAUGCAGUGAUUUCAAGUACAGAGUCAUGUCUGUUUCUUCUGAGCCUCUUGAUUCAACUUACUUAUACCAGACAUUCUCACACUGAGGAUAAGAGGGAGCGAUGGUGUAAGUUAUGAAGUGAAACACAAGCAGAGUCUGUCAGUGGUCACUUCAGAUCCAUGUUGAUGAACAGUCUGAAAGCUGGAGCUAAAAACCGUCCACUUUGAACCAAAUCACCCUGAUAAACAAACUGAUAGAGAAUAAAUGAAGAGAACUGUUUUUAUUUAACCACUGCUCUUUAAAUGUUCGCAGGUCAUACCUCCAAAUACAGAGUAG